CUUCUAUGCGCACGAACGAGCGCGCAGAACAAUGAGGUAGCAGCCAUUUUAUGUCGGUGGCUAAGAAAAACAUAAUUCGAAUGGCCAAUCUUAACGAAAUUGUGUAAUUAGUGCUUUAAUUUAUGUGUUUCUGCACACGCCAAUAUUAUUAGGUGUUUCUUUACUUAUCGGUUGGCGGUUAAUGAUGGGGGUACCAGAAGCAGUUCGCCAUUAGUUUCCCAGCACACUGGGGCGUGGGCGUCGGGGGUGUGGCGCGGGGCGUUGGUGUCCCCGUGCCACCCCCCGGCGACCUACUCGCCACGAUAUCCAUGUUCGAACAACAAAUCAAGGCAGAGCCCAUGAGCUUUUACACACAUUCACAUAUAAAUACUGGACCCCCAACGAUAAUGCGCUCGGAUUCCGGCCAUGGCAUAAUCAGUAUGAAUCAGCACCACCCCCAGGAGGACUCCAAGGACAGUCUUAUACAACAGCAAGUACAACACCAACAAGAGCUGAUGGAACAGCACCAACAGGACUUGCAGCACGAUGAUGAUGUUGAUAAUUUAAGCUUCAAAGGCAUGGAUGAUGAAGGUGUUGAAUUGGACAUGGACGGCAGACAAUGUUCUCAGGGCAUGGUCGAUAUGGGAUCAGUUCAAACCAAAAUGGAAGUCUCAAACGGGGGUGGGAUGCCAAGAUCGAAACCACAAGCUUGUAAAGUGUGUGGUAAGGUGUUAUCAUCAGCAUCGUCAUAUUAUGUUCACAUGAAGCUACAUUCUGGCAACAAACCUUUUCAAUGCACGGUAUGCGACGCAGCGUUUUGUCGCAAGCCUUAUCUUGAGGUGCACAUGCGCACGCACACUGGCGAGCGUCCCUUCCAGUGCGAUCUGUGCCUAAAACGCUUCACACAGAAGUCCAGCCUCAACACGCACAAGCGCGUACAUACCGAUGAGCACAUGCGAGCCUUGAUGGUGAAGGAUCGACCCUACCAGUGUGAGGUCUGUCUGAUGCGCUUCACUCAGAGCUCCAGCCUCAACAGACACAAGAAAAUACACACGGAGGAGCACAGACGAGCCCUGUUAGAAAAAGUGCGGCCGUACCAGUGCCACAUCUGUUUUAUGCGCUUCACUCAGAAGUCCAGCCUGGGCCGACACGGAAAGAUACACACCGAGGAGCACAUCCAAUCGCUGAUCAACAAAGUGCGCCCCUAUCAAUGCGACAUCUGUGACAAGCGGUUCACUCAGAAGUCCAGCCUUGGCACUCAUAAACGUAUACACACCGGCGAGCGGCCCUUCCAGUGCACCGUCUGCCUCAAGUCCUUCACGCAGAAGUGCGCGCUCAAUUUGCACGAAAAGAUACAUACGGGCGAGCGGCCGUAUCAGUGCGACGCCUGUCUCAAGCGCUUCACGCAGAAGUCCAGCCUCAAUAUACAUAGACGGACGCACACAGUCCAGGGGAGACCGUUCCAGUGCCUGUCGUGCCCGGCCGCCUUCACCUGCAAGCAAUAUCUGGAGAUACACACGCGCACACACACAGGCGAGCGGCCCUAUCAGUGCGACAUCUGCCUCAAGCGGUUCACACAGAAAUCCAGUUUGAACAUCCACAAGCGGACGCACUCAGUUCAGGGCCGGCCGUUCCAGUGUCUCCAGUGCCCGGCCGCCUUCACCUGCAAGCAGUACCUCGAGAUACACAACCGCACGCACACCGGCGAGCGCCCCUACCAGUGUGACGUCUGCCUCAAGAGAUUCGCGCAAAAGUCUACACUCAACAUACACAAAAGAACGCACACAGGCGAACGUCCAUACGCAUGUGAUAUUUGCCAAAAACGAUUCGCAGUUAAAAGCUACGUAACAGCGCACCGAUGGUCCCACGUGGCGGACAAACCCCUGAACUGCGAGCGAUGUUCUAUGACGUUCACUUCCAAGUCCCAGUUCGCCCUCCACAUCCGGACCCACGCCAGUGGACCCUGCUACGAGUGUAGCGUCUGCGGCCGGACCUUCGUCAGGGACAGUUAUCUCAUACGUCACCACAACCGCGUACACCGUGAGAACCACAGCAACAUAUCAGCGAACAGCAUCGGCACCAUCAACAGCGUGGCCACCAACACCAACUCCAACAACGGCAACUACGACUCGCCAGGCGUCUGUGACCUCAGCUUCGUGCCGAUGGUGAAUCGCUACAUGACGUCUCAGGGCACGCAGGUUUCCAUGCAGGACACGAAAAUGUCCGCCAUGUCGCCGCAGUCGAUCGCGUCAAUAUCGUCGCCGCCGCCCCCGCACACCCCCACGCCCCAGCCGCAGAUGUCCAUGCGACUGUCAGAUUGAUCCGCACUACAACAGCUGAUAACUCUCGAUUGUUCGUUGGACGGCCCGAGUGCAAUAUACGAAGGAGGCAGCCAUCACGAGCAGCUACAUAGAUUAUAUACGUAGAGCUAGAUCGAGAGCGAAGCUCUUGUAACGUCCAGCGUGGACGAUAUACACAAAAACAGAUCGUUUAUUUUAUAUUAUUUAUUUAUCUUUUUUUAUUUCGUCGGCCGUGACGCGUGCAUAGUAUCGGUAGCUCGUCGGCGGGAGUGGAGGGGAGGGGAGUCCCCCCGGACGCAGUAGGGAGUAGCAGUAAUCACGUAGCGGUACCGCCUAUGAUAUUCAUUGUGAUUAUAUCCGCAACUGUGAUUUAUCUCUACCACCACACCGUAUACUAUUCGUGGUGGCAUAUAUAAAUCGAUACUUAACUCUCAUCUUUUAUAGAUUGUAGGCCUAAAUUUUUUGAUCUCAUAUUCUUAUUUGCUUAGUGAUAAAUUUCGGAAACUUAAAUGGUAAAUCUUCAAAUUUGAAAUUCUAAAUUUGUCAAUGUUCAGUCGCUCGUCGCCCACGUCGUUAGUCGUAGUGAUAACAACCUAUCUUAUCGCGAUGCUUUAACUUAGUGUGUCAGUGUAUAGGAGUUCGAUAAUUUUAUAGGACUGUUACCGAUGAAACGUUCAAUAUUUUGAUCGAUAUAGAAACCGAACGGACUCUUUAGACGAUACUUCUCGUAAUCCGUAAGAAUGCUUUAAUGACUGUUCAGGUUUCAUGUGGGAAUAAUAAAAUACAAGUACAAAUGAUAAUAAUCGGAGUCCGAGGAGGCGUUGACGGGAGAACACAAAAAAAAAAACAAAUAAUAAUAAUAAUAAAUUUACUAUGAUGUUUAUUGGAGUAAUCCAGAUAAGUGCCUGUUGCAACAUAAAAUUGGCAAUAUAUUUUUAAUCGUGUAUUUGGUUCAUAUUCGUUCGGUGUUCAUGUUGUGUGAUCUCUGUGAUCGGCUCGGUCAGGUGCGGCAAUAAGGCCCGGCUCGCCCGGCCGCGUACGGUGUGUGAAGCUUCUUACUUAACAUUGUGUGCCUUCUAGCAGAUAGCGUUAGGCGAUAUCACUCAUACCAUCGUAACACUUUUUAUUCACGUCUCGACUUAUAGCCUUUGUUUUUUUUUUAUUAUUAUUAUUUUUCACAUAUAUUUUUUUUAUAUAUAUAUUUCGUUUACAUAUUAUUUUCCGAUCUAGCGUGUAUCUAGAAUUUACAUAGAUAUUAUCUUACAUCGGUUUAAAUGUUUUAUUCAUUGCUGUUAUAUCGAAUAAUAGUGAUAAAGUAUAGAGUAUAGCGCAGUAGUCUUCCAAAACCUUUGAGACAAUGUUCUUUUGCAUUGUGGAGUGCAAAUAAUGUGUCCGCUGGCGGGGGUUCCUUAUGGUUUGCCAUUAUUGAUAUCAAAGAUAGAUUGGUGCCAUUUCUUUGUAAAUGAUGUGGUAGCGUAAGUUUAGUUAAGUUUUGCAGGUCAGGGUAGAUUGAAAAUUAAAUAUAGUAGAGAACUCAUCUUCUCCUAGCGUUAUGUACCGACUUCUGAAGACCUGUGUUUUUUUUUUAUAAUAAUUAUAUUGUUUUGUUUUCUGUUCUGAUUGUUUUUAUAUACAUUAUUUUUCCACAACGUUGUGUGUGUCCAUGAGCUCGAAAUUGUAAAUAUUGGUAGGAUUUAUUUAUUGGAAUGAUAUGAAUUAAUACGAUUCAAAAUUAAGGUAAUAAGAGCGUAUGGUUUGUAGAACAGUUUUUUAUCUACAAUCAUAGAUUAUAUUGAACUGAAGAAAAAAAAAUUGAAAUUAAUCAUAGAGUAUUUAGCGCAGAAGUAUACUUUUGGGUAAUGAAGUCAAAAUUUCCUUGUAGAUAUACAUAUUGAUAAUAAUAUAUACAUAUGGAUGUUGUUUGAUAGUCCUCAAUAUUUUUUUAUAUUUUGAUAGUUCUGUAUUUGAAACACGAGAAAAUAGGCCAAUAUCUCAUUUAUCAUUACAUAUAAAAUGAAUAUGUGUACUUUAAGAUAUAAUUAACAUGACGGAUGCAUUUAGUUUCCCAUGGAAGGAAGAUGAGAAAUUAGAUUUAAAAUCUGAAUAUUUUUUUGUCCGUGUUAGUAAAAGUAAUAAUUAAAAAAAAAAAAUUGUUAAGUUUCCUACCAAGCCAUUGAGAACAGUAUUAUUUAGAGACACUAGAUGUUUGGUUUAACGAGUAGUGUAAAUCCUCAAUUACCAAGUUCGAAUUGCCAUUGAGAAAAACGUUAUUUACCAAUAGUUUCUAGAACUUUCGAUUACCGAAUAAUUGGUGUUUAAUAUACGAAUGUUCGUAACAUUGUUUUAUCUAUAGAUAUUAUGAAUGGGAAUAGAAACACCAACAUAGCGAACUAGGUAUAUGAAAUAUAUAUAUAUAUGUUUAUAGUCAUGUGCGGCUCGGCGCGAUCGACGCUAAAUUUAAUCAUCUUAGAAGUAAUAUAUUUUGUUAUCUGUUCUGUAUUUGUGAUUGUUUUCAUUGUGUACCGAUCUAUAUCCGCUUCCGUCCCGUCGAGUCGACAGGAAGACUAAACACUAGCGACCCUUUUGCUUUACGAGACGAGCUCCUUUUUUACAACCCAUAUUUACGUAUCGAGUAGGGCAAGUUGCGCGUUUCGUAAGCGAUGCGGGUGUCAAAAAUAAUAUUAACAAUAAAAAUAAACAGUUAAGACGCAUAAAUUGAAUAGAUUACACAGAAUCAAUUUUUUUUUUUAUAAAUGUCCGUAGUGAUUAUAGAAUUUGUGUGUCUUUUCUGCCCCAACUAUUUUACAUACCGAUGUUAGCUACUAUAUACUUAGAAAUUAAUAUUGUACUAUGUAUUUGAUUACGUAAUCGUCAGUGUUUUGAUUUGUAUAUCUCAAUCUCUACUUAUUUUCAACCGUAGAAAAGACUGAAUUUAUUAGAAAGAAAAAAAAAAGGAUCCACAACUUGAAAAUAAAUUUUAAAAUACUCAGAGGAAAAGUAAUCGGCUAUUGACGUUAGUAUUGUUUGAGACGAGACAGGUUGUGGUGUCGGACCAACCAGUUCAUGUAAUUCGUAAUUUCGGUGAAGAAAUCUUACAUAUCCCUUAUCCAAAUUAUAAUGAGUGUAUGCGUAUGGCACUAGUCCCUGGCCGCGCGGCCGGUUUGCGAACAACAGUCAGUCAGCCUUGUGUAAUCGUUAUGUCUAAGCUACAUAUAUAUUUAGUUAUAUUAUAUCGUUAGAUUUACGCGUUCCCGCUUUGUCGACAUAUUGCGUUGCUUACAUCAUAAUCAUACGAGAGUACAGCCUAAGGAUUUUAACUUUUUUUUUUAUACAUGCUGAGAGCUAUUUCUAAGUCACUGAAUUUUUUACUAUUUGUAAUUUAUAUAUAUUAUUAUUAUUAAUAAAAUACGGCUCUAAGCCUCACUUGACACUUUUUGGAGUAUUUUACAUACUUUUAAUUCUAAUUUUUAUUAAAAGUCUACGAGCAAAAAUCAUGGCAUGUUUUUUUUUUAACAGCGGUCAUUUAGUUAUAGCUCUACAGAGUUUUAUUGACCAAUAUUUGAAUAACAACUGUUUUCCUUUUUAUUGUUAAAAUUUUUAGGCUAGUUUAUAUUUUAUUGUAUAAGUUAGAUUUCUUAACUGUGGUAUAUCACAUCGCACGUGUAUAUAUCACCUUUACAGCCUCAUUUACGUUAAAUAUUUCUUUAGUCUGAAUGCAAUGUGAUAAAUUAAUUAUUAGUUAUUAUUAAGCGGCUGAUAACACUUAACACCAAUUAGUUUUAUAUUCCUAUAAGGUGGUGUCGGUCUCGGAUUAACCGUCUGUGUAUAUGCGGACCUCUUCACAUGUGUAUCUAUCCAAAUACACCGCUGUAUAAGUGAUUCUAUAAUUAGUUAUUACAGUUUGUCUUAUUUUACCAAGGUAUGACAACAUUGAAUUCAUAAAAAAAAAAAAAUUAAAAAAAAAUUGCACAAAUAAACAUACUCGUACUUGAAAACCAUAGACAAGAAAAAAGACGUACUGAAAACCAUAGAGAAAUGUCAUUUAAAUCAAAAGAGGAAUUAUGCACUUGUAUUGCCUACAAUACCAUACGGUUAAUCCGGCACUGCGGUGGUGCAUUGAAUGUUUUUACACAAUAUUAUAUAAUAGUUACUUAUGUUAUUUGAAUGUUAUAUUGAAAAAAAAUGUAUAACAUUACUGUUUAAGACAGUUUUUAUGGUUCGCCUUCUCUGCUGCUACUGCUUAGGUGUUAUCAUCACCUUAAACUGAAAUCAUAAUAUUAUAUUCUUUAAUAUUGUUUAUCGUUAAUUCUAUUUACACUAGUAAUGAGGCUGUAAGGGACAUUAUGUAGUCAGCAUUAUGUAUAUGCUUUAAUGUGAUUUUUUAAAUGUACUCUUUAUAAUAUAUAGUAUCAUCAAUCAAUACAAUUAGCGAACUAACAAAGCGAUUUUAAUUCAUUUUUUUUUAAGUUCAUAGUGAUUUAUAUCGAGGUCAAAAUAAAUACAGAGUUUAUUUAAUUUUAUGGAAAAUAUACAUUGUAUAAUUAUUAUUAGUGCUCUUUUGGACGAGCUCUAUUAAAAAGAAACUAUAUGAAUGCAAAAUAACAAGUCACGAUUCUUUUAGAGGUCGCCAUGUAGUGGAGAAAAAUAAACGUGCCAUGAUAUUUGUGGCUA